AUGCCUUCACCAUGGCACCGGCUCUAUCUGUCUCAUGGAGGCCCGCCUCUGUUGCUCUUUCAAUAUAUUUGGACUCAUCAAGGCUAUGAAAUAUACUUGACGGAUCUUACCUAUGUUUGGGCAGAACGGUUGUUCUAUAAAGACAUCGCUAAAAGAGCAGAGGAAGAGGCCACAACCAUCGACCCUGGAGAGGAUCCUGAGCAGCUCAAGGUCCUACUGGAGAAGAUUGAGCAAGCUCUACAGAGGGGCAAAGAAAGUACAGUGUUAAGCAGUGGAACGCAAACCGACUCGCUUGAAAUCACAACAACAAGCAAGCUACCAGCCCCGUUGAAGCCUCUUGUGUGGCCUUUGAAGCUUUCAAAAGAGCCCUUGUCCUCUGCAACAAGUCGUCUGUUGAUACCACUGCUGAAAGAGGAGGUGGAUAGGGAGUCACGUCAGCGCUCUUUGCUCGGUCAGAUCAAACAGAAAGAUUACGUGCUAAGCAAGUUGUUCGACAAGCUUGAAUCUCUCGGUGCUGAACUGGGCUCUGUUUUUCCAAGCGCUGCUGGAUUACGCACAUCUCGCAAAGGCAGUACCCGGUCUGAGGCUGGAAGAUUUGUGAGAGGCAUUGCACCGUUUGACGAGGAGGCCUGGCUCGCUGAUUUAGGAUCAUCCACUGGCACAGGAUUUGGAAGCAACCUGUUCCAGGAGAUGUCAGAAUCAGGCAGUGUCGAGGAGUUGGAAAAUAUUAAGGAACAGGGUGAAUGGUGGCGUCAACUGCAGCACCGCUCUCAGAAACAUACAAGAGAGACAACUCCAGACCAAGAAGAAGCAGUCGCCUCGAGUCUCAAUAAGCAAAAUACAGCUGUUGAAUCACAAUAUCAUGAGGAAGGCGAAUCGACGGCAAACAGUGAUCUAGAUGAAUUUGAGCGACAAGAAACACCACCUCAUCUAAAGCUUCCAAAUGCCAAAGAAUCGAUUUCAUCACCAAUCCCAAAGUCCAAAAGGAAGAGUCCAACUCCACGAGCUCCGUCAGAAACAGACGAAGCUACGGCAUCAGAUACCGACUCUGAGCCUGAACCAGCACCAAAGUCAGCACUACAGAAAAACCGUAUCCCAAGUAGUUCGCCGGAACCUGAGCCUGUCGCUCCAGCUUCAUCUCCACCUAAAGCACGGGAAGCACCACAGAAGAAGCCAAGAGGCGGAUUGGGUGUAAUCGGCGGCAAGAAGAAGAAAGAACCAGAGCCAGCGCCAGAGCCAGAGCCAGAUUCAACCCCUUCUCCCACAUAUCCCAAAGAAGAGUUAAAAUCGCGAGAUGAAGAAAACAAUGGCCAUCCUGGUUCAAUAUCCCCAGCGCCAGUCAAACCAAAACGCACCGGCAAACUGGGUAUGAUCGGUGGCAAAGCCAGAGCCAAAGCUAAACAACUAUCCCAAGAUGAGACACCUUCAUCUACAUCCCAGACAGUAGUCGCCUCACCUGAGAAAACAUUACCCAACAAACCCAACCCUGCUCAGGAUGGUAAUACCCCCGAGCCAGCAGAUCAGCAGACCAUCAAGCGGGAAGAAUCCCCCCUACCAAAACCAGCUGUCGGGAAAGCUAGCACCGCUCCCCCUGCGGAACCAGAAACAGAAGAUCAGCGGGCAUCUCGCAAACGCGAAGAAUUGAAACGGCAGUUGGAGGCAAAAAGUAAAGCCCCCGCCAAGAAAAAGCGGCGCUUUUGA